UUAUUAUUAUUAUUAUUCGUAUCAAAGUGAGAUCCACGCUCUCUCGUAUCCUAUCUUUUCCGAUUGCCUCGUAAAUCCUUCAGAUCUUUUUUAGGUUUCUAAUUUUCCAAUUCCAUGCAUAAUUUCUGAAUUCUUCGAAACUAUCUUCAUUUCCUUCUGUGGAAGUAAAAGAAAAUCCAAUUCUUGGUUAUCGUGAGAUGAAGAUCGAGGAGUUGGAUGAAGUGGAGAAUGAUCGGCGAAACGACGGCGUUAAGCAGCUACAGAUAGUUAGAGUCGACGACGCGAAGAGAGUUCUAGUCGGAGCAGGUGCUCGGAUCCUGUUUUACCCGACCCUUUUAUACAAUGUUUUCAGAAACAAAAUCCAAUCUGAAUUCAGAUGGUGGGACGAAGUUGACCAGUUUCUUUUGCUGGGGGCGGUUCCGUUUCCCAAGGACGUUCGACGGUUGAAGCAAUUGGGCGUUGGUGGGGUGAUCACUCUGAAUGAACCUUUUGAAACUCUGGUUUCCACUUCUUUAUAUCGUGCUCAUGGAAUUGAUCACCUAGUAAUUCCAACGAGAGAUUAUUUAUUUGCUCCUUCAAUUUCAGAUAUAAGCAAAGCUGUGGCUUUCAUUCAUAAGAAUGCAUGUUGCUGUAGAACCACCUACGUUCAUUGCAAAGCUGGACGAGGAAGAAGCACCACCGUUGUGCUUUGCUAUUUGGUAGAGCAUAAGCAGAUGACACCUGCAGGCGCCCUCGAAUAUGUUCAGUCUCGAAGACCUCGAGUUUUGCUUGCUCCCUCACAAUGGAAAGCAGUUAUGGAGUAUAGCAGGCACCGACAGCCAACACACUCCCCAACAGCAGAUGCAGUUAUGAUUACAAAAGAAGAUCUUGAAGGCUAUCAUAAUACUUUUGAUAAUAUUACUGGCAAGGAGCUUGUGGUUAUGCCCAGAAUGGUGAGAGCCAGGCCCAUGAUAGCUAGACUAUCCAAACUAUCAUGCCUUUUUGCAUCGUUGAAAGUUUCCGGUGUUUCUGGACCUGUGAAUGGGAGGCUAAGUGAAACACGUGCUUGCUGAGUUUGCUGCUCCUUCAACAGCCAUUGUGGAUGUUGCUUGUAUAGAAAAUGCAAAUAAGUAUAGGUUGUAAAGGUCUUAUAAAAAUCUCUUUUCCAGUAAGUGUGUAUGGAAGAAACAGAAGGAAAACUAUAAAAACAAAGAAAGCUAGAAGAGUUUCUCUUCAAUGAUAAUAGAUGUGUAUAAGAUGAGUAUCCUUUAUACAAUCAACUGUACUAUUUCAUAUAUCCAUGAAUCUAUCUUUGACUCAAUUGUGAAAA